AUGCAGCAGGCGUGUAUAUAUAACCCAUUAUGCAGACGACCUGACAGGACAGUUAGUUGUAGCACUAGCAUAAUGACUCUUCUCUCUUGGUCCUUUCUUUGUUUGCUGGCACUGGACUCAGCUUUUGGCGCCGCAACUCCACCGCCAGACGAGAGGUGCCAGAAUGCGGACAUGUUUGGGGUGAUAGAGAUCGGCUGCUGGGGCUAUAGAGAGUGUGUCAAUGGAGCUUUCAUUGAACACCUGUGUGAGGAAAAACAAGUCCUUGACAAGGACACCCGACAGUGUCACCCAAAAGGGACCGGACAUACAGACUGUGAUAACGGAACAGAUUGUACUGGAUUGCCCGAUAGUUUUUAUAGUAAUUAUUUCGAUUAUUGCAAGUCUUAUUCCAGAUGCUACGGGGGAAACAACAUCGGCCAGUUUUACUGUCCUGGAAGUCUGAUUUUUAAUGAGGAAAUCCAAUCGUGCGACUUUGUCUCAGACGUUUACCCGCCGUGCGGCACAAAACUUCCAGAAACCACGACGAAAUCACCAACCACUGCGGCAUCACCAACAACAACAUAA